UACACAGUCAAUGCAAGUCAAAUAAAUAAUCAAGUAAUGUUUAAUAUGUUGCUAAAGGUAUGUUGUUAAGCGGAAUCGUUUUUAAAGACAGUUUAAUUAAAUUCCAGUUGACUGCUUUUCUGGACGCCCCCCUUCAUGGACAAUGGACUGUUCCAGCAGUGUUUCGAAGUUGAAAGCGGGAAGAAGUCAGUUUCCAGCUCGAGCUGAAAGAACGGAGUUUUUUUCACUGCUUUAUAUAAACAAUAAAAUACAUAAAUAACUCUAAUUGUGCUAUAAAGCAGGUUCAGGGUAAGAAUAUAAGUUUGUUGUCAAAAUAUAAGGAGAUUAAAUUCUUGAUUCUGUUAAAUAAUUACAUAAGUGAAUAAGCUAGUCCGUUAAAUUAGCUAGUAAACAUUGCUAGCCGACUGAUGAGGUAAUUAGAUCCGGGUGAGAGGUCACCUGUGUUCAUAUAAUUUCUUAUCGAUUUGGAUUCGGAUAAAUACUGAAUAUAUAUUAGCAGUUAUUUUGAUUUCUGGGAUGGACGUUACGACGUGCCUGAAGUCACUGCUUAUGGGGAUUCGGCAGUACAAAAGCAACGGAGGCGCCUUGAACACGUCACUGCUGCAAAAACAAAUCGAGGAUGUGUCUGUUUUAAAGUGCUCCAGGAUCUUAUCUUCAGGACAGGUUCUUCCCAGUGAGUGCCUGAAUGGGCUGCUGGAACUGGCUGGAGAUCCCAACACCAGUCCUGCACUUACAGGGAGCGUCCUGUCUCUGCUCGGACAGCUCGCAUCUGAUGAUGAUAGUAAAGAGGUGCUCCAUAGCCGUUAUAACAUCUUUGGGACCCUGGUGGCUGUAAUCCACUGUAACGGAGCUACACCCGAGGAGCCGAUGGUGCUACAGUGUCUUCAGGUCCUACAGCGUCUCACUUACAACGUCCGACUCCUGCACUGCGCCUCUCACAUGGAUGACCUCCUCACCUUCCUCAUGCUCAACAUCCAGUCUCAGAAUGAUGAUGUCACCAAGUCGUGCCUAGGCCUCAUGGCUAAUCUGUGUCGACACAAUCAGUCUGUACAGGUGCACAUUAAAUCUCAGAUUAAUGUUAAAGCUUUUUACAGAGCUUUGCUUAACUUUCUCGGUCACAAUUGCCUCACCGUGGUCGUCUUUGCGCUCUCGAUUCUAUCCAGCCUAACCCUCAGCGAGGAAGUGGGACAAAAGUUGUUCAACGCAAAGAACAUUCACCAGACCUUCCAGCUCAUCUUCAACAUCACAGUGAACGGAGACGGGACCCUGACCAGGAACUACGCCGUCGACCUGCUGGUGGAUCUGCUAAAAAACGCCAAGAUCGCUGAUUAUCUCACCAAUUAUAAACACCUCCCCGUGUGUCUGAGCGAGGUGGUUGGCCUUCUCCAUGGGAAAGACCCGGAUACAGCAGGGAAGGUUCUGGAGCUGCUCGUUUCUUUGUGCUCAGUCCCAGCUCUGCGUGGUCUCAUCUGUCAGACGGUUCUAAAACCCGCCGCUCCUCGCCUCCAGCCUGCCACCAGGAACCCCGCCCAGUCCAGGGGGGCGGAGCCGGGCCUGGCGCUGCUUCAGUGGGCCACGCGCCCCCUACAGGGACCGGAGCGGUGCUGCCUGCUCGCUCUGGAGCUCUUCACUGAGCUGUUCGAGGAGGUGAUUGGUUCCUCGCAGUCGGGUUCUGCUCGCUCGUUUUUGGAGCUCCUCCUCCCAGCCCUGGCGAGUUUAUUGCAGACUCCAGACCUCAGCUCAGAAGACGAGCUGCUCCACAGGCACUGCACCAGAGCGGGGCGAGUGCUUGACCUCCUGCUUGUGCUUUGUGGUGACGACUUCCUGAAGACUCUGGUGGCGAAGCAGGUGAACUCGGAGCUCUGCGUGUCUCUGGUGGAGCUUCUACUGUUUAACGGUCAGGACUACGUCACCCCGUUAUGCUCGGACUCCAGCUCUCAGCUCAGGUGUCCUAAACGUCCUUCAUCCAGCUUGAGACAGACGUGCUGUGAGACGGUACUGAAGACUCUGGAGUUGAUGAGCCAUCUCAAACAGCACGUAGUCGACAUGGAGACUUGCUUUUACCGGAUCCUGCAGGACCCGCGCAUGGUGACGCCUCUGUCUCAGGCUCUCACGUCCCGACACCGAGGGCGAGUUCAUGCAGCGCUGCGAGUCCUGUUCGAAGCCGCUCCGCUGCCUGACUUCCCCGCCAUCAUAUUAGGAGAAAGCAUCGCAGCGAAUAACGCAUACUGGAAGCGCGAGGGUGAGCUGGGCGUCAGAGGCAGCGGCGUUCAGGAGGACGGAGUCCCCGCGGUGAAGAACUUCGCUCCGAACAGUCCGUCUCGGCAGAACAUCGACAGCCUCAUCGAGAAACUGCAGAGCGGCAUUCAGGAGCAGAUCAAAGAUGUUCAUAUGUCUGAGAUUAUCGACGUGUACGAACAGAAAAUCUCCGCCCUGGCCUCUAAAGAAGGUCGUCUGCAGGACCUGUUGGAGGCCAAAGCUCUUGCUCUGUCUCAAGCUGAUCGUCUCAUCGCUCAGUACCGCUGUCAGAGAGCACAGGCUGAGGCUGAGGCCCGGAAGCUGGCCUCUCUGCUGAAGGACACUGAGAGGAGGAAAGAAGAUCUCCAGGCUGAGCUGAGCGAUCAGGUGAUGGAGGUGGAGAAGCUGAAGAGCGACAGUCAGCAGCUCCUACAGCACAACAGCCGUCUGCAGGCCGUGUCUGACGAACACCAGAACCUGAAGAGCACCUACAACCAGCUGCUAAGCAGGUACAGUAAGAGUGAAGUGAUGCUGAAGGAGCUCCAGGCCACCCACAUCUCCCUCACGCAACAGGCCGAAUCCCUGAGGAAGAGCAACGAGGGGUUUAGGCUGCAGCAGGAGAGGUUGUCGUCAGAGCUGCAGCAGAAGGAGGAGAAGAUCUCCGGGAUGGAAGCUGAAAUGCAGGAGAAACGUGACACUAUAGCGGAACUGCAGGCCGAGGCAAGGAGGCAGGAAGAGCAGGCUGAAGAAAUGAAGGAGAACAUCAACACACUGCGGAAGGAACUCGCCAAAACCGAGCAGGCCAGGAAGGAUGCUAGCAUCAAGGCCUCGUCUCUGGAGCUGCAAAGAUCUCAGCUGGAGUCCAAACUGCAGAAGAGGGAAGAGGAGCUGGGCAAGCACACGCAGAUGAUCGCCAUGAUCCACAGCCUGAGCAGCGGCAAACUGAAGAGCGACGCCACAGCCAACCUUUCUCUGUGACACAGACACACACACACUCACACACACACUCUCACUGUAUACAUAGCCAGAUUUAUGGAUUGCCAAAGUAAUGGCACCCUUUGAAAGACACUUGCCACACACACACACACACACACACACACACACACACACACACACACUACCCAUGAUGAACUCGGGUUACUAAUACAAACUGAUAUAAAUCAUUUAAAUUAAAACAUUUUUUUAAUCUAAGAUCCAGGUAACUUAUUGCGUUUUUGUGUGUUUUGUUUUCGUCCUAUUCCCACACGUCACUCCUCUCCCCUAUCACGUUUUAAAUAAAUAAAUGAACUUUUCAUUAA